AGGAACCUGACUGAGUCACUCACUGGAGGUGAUUUGAUGUGAAACUGUUCCAGUGAUCUGCAGCUGUUUUCUCCACCUGGGUGUGUGAGGGUGACGCGCCCUGCUCUCACGGGGGGGGAACGUGAGCUGGGUUUUACUGACUCCACUGGGCUCACAGAGCAUAUCUGAGCCGUCUGACGCGGGGGGAUUUAACUGCUGCCCCUCGGCCACCAGAUUAAAGACGGUGACAUUAAUGUAUACAUUCACACUAUGCUGGGAAUGUGUGCUCCGUGUCCACUGUGUGCGGGCAGCGUUGGGACUCUCCUGGACAUCUGAGACCUCUGAGACGGGCUGGAAUUCUGGAAACCAUGCGGACUGAUGUGGUCCUGCUCAGCGUGAUGCUCUGGAAUGUUGGUGUAUCCGGACAGAAGCAGUCCAGAGGACAAGCGCUACGUCCGUACAGACACAUCAGACUGAAACGAGAGAUGUCUCCGGCUGAAGCGUCUGAUCACCAGAUUAGCAGCUCUGUGAUCAAAAGAAGUCCAGAUAUAACCAAAGCACGGGGCACAAAGUCAGAGCAGAUACUGAGGAUAGAUGACCACGACUUUACAAUGAGACCUGGAUUUGGAGGACCUGCUGUCCCAGUUGGAGUGGAUGUUCAGGUUGAAAGCCUAGAUGCUAUAUCUGAGGUUGAUAUGGAUUUUACCAUGACCCUGUAUCUGAGACACUACUGGAAAGAUGAGCGUCUGUCCUUUAAGAGCAACACUAACCAGAGCAUGACCUUUGAUGGCCGUCUAGUGAAGAAAAUAUGGGUUCCUGACAUGUUUUUUGUCCACUCCAAGAAGUCCUUUACUCAUGACACAACGACUGACAACGUCAUGUUGCGAGUUUACCCCGAUGGCAAAGUCCUCUACAGCCUGAGAGUAACGGUGACGGCUAUGUGCAACAUGGACCUGAGUCGGUUUCCCCUCGACACGCAGACGUGCUCGCUGGAGAUCGAGAGCUAUGCAUACACAGAUGAAGACCUGAUGCUUUACUGGAAAGAAGGAAACAGGUCGUUAAACACAGAUGAGAGAAUUUCUCUCUCCCAGUUCCUCAUCCAGGAGUUCCAUACCACCACCAAGCUGGCCUUCUACAGCAGCACAGGCUGGUACAACCGUUUGUACAUCAACUUCACUCUGAGACGUCACAUCUUCUUCUUCCUGCUGCAGACCUACUUCCCCGCCACGCUGAUGGUCAUGCUGUCCUGGGUGUCCUUCUGGAUCGACCGCAGGGCGGUCCCGGCCAGGGUGCCUCUGGGUAUAACCACGGUGUUAACCAUGUCCACCAUCAUCACUGGCGUCAACGCCUCCAUGCCCAGGGUCUCGUACAUCAAAGCUGUGGACAUUUACCUGUGGGCCAGUUUCGUCUUUGUCUUCCUGUCAGUCAUCGAAUAUGCUGCUGUCAACUACCUGUCAACUCUGCAGGAACGCAAGGAGAGAAAACUACGGGAGAAGCUGGCUUGUACUUGUGGAAUGGCGUAUCCUGGCAUGCUGUCAGCCAGCUACAGUGAAGUAGACGCCAACACCACCGGGAACUAUGGGAUGCCCGAGGGAAAUGGAGUAAGAAGGGAGAGGAUGCUGAUUGAGCUUGCAAUGGAGACUGACCAGAUGACGGGCCGCGUGAACUCUACAACCUACAGCAACGUCUGGAUCGACACACACGCUAUUGACAAGUACUCCCGGGUCAUCUUUCCUGCAUCUUACAUCCUCUUCAACAUUGUCUACUGGUCCAUCUAUUCCUAAAGGAGACUCAUCUCUGAAGGCUUCUGGCUGAUGAUAACGAGUUAAACAUCUGCCUCCAACAGAUGCUCUCAUUGUAGAGCUGACUGAUUCCAGCUUCAAGCUUCUGUGUCCUCAAAUGAAAAACAAAGAUUAGUAAUCAAAUUGUUUGUGGAAAAAUUGGAUUUGAGCAGAAAAUCAUGUCCCAGGAUCAGAGCCUGGUGGGACCCCUACAGGACCUGAAGACUAGAGAAGUGAAGAAACCAAUCCAAUCAUUUCAGCCACCUGUUCAGGAGACGUUAUAACGAUGAAGACAGUGUGUUACAAACAAAUGACGUGGCCCUCUGUGAAGUUUCAUAAAGGUUCUCGUUUGCAGUAAAGCCAGACUCAGAAAUCUGACAAAGGGAAGUGGGCGUGUCCACUCCAGAGCAGCUGACUGUAGACAUAGCAGCGGUUUACGGGCUCAGAUCUGAAUGUUUCUGUCUGUUAGCAAACCAAAUGCUAACCUUAAGUGUUAGCACUAGUCACGUGACUUCUGUAACCAACUCCAAACAGGAAACUACCGUUACUGAAGAGAACUAGAACUAAUCCAGGAGUGUGUGUGUGUCCCUUUAAUAUCCCUAAUUGUGAUGUUACUUUGUGAGUUUUGUCCCACCUCAUGAAGCAUCUCAGAUCAUCCGUGUUCGGUUGUACAUCCAUGUACCGUGUGUGUGUGUGUAGUGUGUAGUCAUUGUGUGCGUUUAUGACGCAGUGAAAAAAACGCUCGCUUUUCGGUAAAUUUCUGCUUUUAAAGAAACCGUUUCUGCUGUUUAUUUUUUCAUAUGAUGAAAUCUUUUAUUUUGAAAGUUUUAUGAUCAUGUGAGGAUUUCUACUUUUAUAGACUGGGAUUUUCACUGUACUGAAGACUGCAGCAUCACUUUUGUACUUCAUAUCUCCACCUAUACCUACACCUCCAACAAUAAAAGAUGAACCUGAACAAGCUAUGGGACGUCCUUCUCUGUCCUGGUUGUGAAGAAGGUGAAUCCGUCCUUUAUCAGCGCGAUGGGGGACAUCAGAUGAUAAAAUAAGGCUACAGUUGUGGUCAGAAGUGUACAUACACUUGUAAAAAAUAUAAUAUAAUGGCUCUACUGAGUGUCCCGUUAUUUCUAAAACUCUGAUUUUUCUCUGAUAGAGUGAUUGGAACAGAUACUUCUUUGUCACAAAAAACAUUCAUGAAGUUUGGUUCUUUAAUGUCUUUAUUAUGGGUUAACAGAGAAAAGUGAUCACAUUUGCUGGGUCACAAAUAUACAUACAGCAGUGCUAAUAUUUGGUUACAUGUCCCUUAGCCAUUUUCACUUAAAUUGGGCGCUUUUGGUAGCCAUCCACAAGCUUCUGGCAAGCUUCUGGUUGAAUCUUUGACCACUCCUCUUGACAGAAUUGGUGAAGUUCAGUUAAAUUUGAUGGCUUUCUGACAUGGACUUGUUUCUUCAGCACUGUCCACAUGUUUUCAAUGGGGUUUAAGUCAGGACUUUGGGAAGGCCAUUCUAAAACCCUUAUUCUAGCCUGAUUUAGCCAUUCCUUUACCACUUUUGAUGUGUGUUUGGGGUCAUUGUCCUGUUGGAAGACCCAACUGCGCCCAAGACCCAACCUUCGUGCUGAUAAUUUGAGGUUAUGUUGAAGAAUGUGAAGGUAAUCCUCCUUCUUCAUUAUCCCAUUUACUCUCUGUAAAGCACCAGUUCCAUUGGCAGCAAAACAGCCCCACAGCAUAAUAUUCCCACCACCAUGCUUGACUGUAGGCAUGGUGUUCUUGGGGUUAAAGGCCUCACCUUUUCUCCUCCAAACAUAUUGCUGGGCAUUGUGGCCAAAAAGCUCGAUUUUUGUUUCGUCUGACCACAGAACUUUCCUCCAGAAGGUCUUAUCUUUGUCCAUGUGAUCAGCAGCAAACUUCAGUCGAGCCUUAAGGUGCCGCUUUUGGAGCAAGGGCUUCCUUCUUGCACGGCAGCCUCUCAGUCCAUGGAGAUGCACAACACGUUUGACUGUGGUCAAUGACACCUGUGUUCCAGCAGCUUCUAAUUCUUGGCAGAUCUGCUUUUUGGUGAUUCUUGGUUCACUCUUUACCCUCCUGACCAAUUUUCUCUCAGCAGCAGGUGAUAGCUUGCGUUUUCUUCCUGAUGUUGGCAGUGAUGAAACAGUGCCAUGCACCUUAUACUUACAAACAAUUGUUUGCACUGUUGCUCUUGGGACCUGCAGCUGCUUUGAAAUGGCCCCAAGUGACUUUCCUGACUUGUUCAAGUCAAUAAUUCACUUUUUCAGAUCCAUGCUGAGCUCCUUUGACUUUCCCAUUGUAGCGUUUGUGGGCGUUUGUAUCCAAUGAGCCCUAUUUACCUGGCCUAAGAGAAGUCACCUGCUGUAGUCACUCAUAAUCACUCACAAUAAGUUAAGAGGCCAUGCUAUGAAGCUCAGUUCACUGACACGUUUCUAAGUCACCUAAAUUGCUAGUUCAUGUUGCUGUAUGUAUAUUUGUGACCCAGCAAAUGUGAUCACUUUUCUCUGUUAACCCAUAAUAAAGACAUUAAAGAACCAAA